GUUGGCUCAUGGGGUUUAGGUCGAUCCUAUCUAGUGCCUUCCAUCUGCUACACUGCCGCUUAAAGGCUUAAUUGUUAUAUUUCGUGUUCUUUCCGAAAGGCGCAACGAUGAAAUUGCUGACUGUAAUUGUAUCGAGUGUCUUCGUUUUAAUUCUGGCAAUAAUUUUGGGAUUUCGUGCGAUGAAUACAUUCAUAAGUCCACCUGUUGCCACGCACGAAUGGUGGGGUCCGUCCAAGGAAGCUCCUGCCAGUCUACCGAACAUCAGCGAUAUAAAUAUCGAGGAAAUGGCUCCUAUUCAAUUCGAGGAUGACAAGCUGGCAGAUUUGAGCUGGCGUUUGGCAAAUACAAGAUAUUUUCGUUCGCUGGAGAAUACAAACUGGGAAUAUGGUAGCAAUAUCGCAGAAUUGAAAGAUUUUGUGAGGUGGCUACAGCAUAUGGACAGCUUGUUUUUGGCACAUAUCAGUGGCAUAUAUAGAUCAGUUUUUGGAAAAGAGAUCUGUUGUGAUGCAUGAUGGGAUUCUAUGUGUCUGCAAUCAAUUUUCAUCCCCCCCCCUGAAUUCACAUUCUGAGAAAACUUGUAGUGGAAUAUUUACAAUCAAACAACUGCAGAAAAUUGCAGGAAUUGAACCCCUAGAUUACAGCGAUGAAAGUCCCACCACUGUGCCGCAGUAUAGGAAGACAACUGUAGGGACACUCAGCGUCAAAAAGUGUCCGCAUUGUUUACUGGCUGCCAACCUAAUUAACAAAUUGGCAGCCAGUAAACGGCAGCAGUUCACUAUAAAAUUGUAUUACAGAGUAAAUGGUUUUGACCACACAAGACGUCUAGGACCUGUCAGUGGCCCUACUGGUUUUCUCCCUAUACUGUGGCUGUGCCUUCCGUAUUAACCCACUAAGCACCAGCGCUCUCCCCUUGACGAGAGUAGUGAAGUGAUAUAAUAAAGAAGGGCGCAUUAAGCCACAAUGCAACUUAAUAAGUUAUUAUAUAAUAUCCUUUUUAUAGGUAUUGGGUAGACGAAUUCAAAUGGAAAGAGCAAGAAAAAAUUCUGAACAACUUCAAACAUUACAUAGCCACGAUUGACGGCAUUAAAAUACACUAUGUCCAUACAAAACCUACAACCAAAACUCGCAAAGUUGUGCCAAUCAUGCUUAUCCACGGCUGGCCGGGAUCAUUUUACGAGUUCUAUAAAGUAAUUCCCCUUCUCACAGCAAAAUCCGAGGAUGACUUUAUUUUCGAAGUGAUAUGCCCGUCUUUGCCAGGGUAUAUCUUCUCAGAGGCCCCACACAAAUCGGGACUUGACGUACUGCAUAUGGCAAACUUGUUUAAAAAGCUCAUGGCACGCCUUGGGCAUAGCGAGUAUUAUAUUCAAGGCGGGGAUUGGGGCUCAGGCAUUGCAAGAGCUAUGGCUUACAUUGAUACCAGGUCAGUAUCUAAACAAUAGGUUUUUGUUUGGCUAAUUUAUUAUCAUAGGCCACAUAGCUAGAUUUUUUGGGCAACCACAAUGGCAGAGCAGGGGGCACUAAUUGCCCUGGGCCCCCAGCUCAAAAGGGGACCCAAAUGCAACUAAGGUCCUUAAAAUUUCUUGAUACAAGAUUGCCUCAAAACAUCAGAUAUAAUUAACUUGUAUACGGUCUAUAAGCAACUGUUGUUAUUUUCCAGUCAUGUCAAAGGUAUCCAUCUCAACAUGUUUGUAAUAUCACCUCCAUACGGUCCAUUCUCACUGAUCUCUGCAUACCUCUUUCCCUCCUGGAGUCUGGGUGAUGAACAACAUAAAGUGCUUCCGUUGAAGAAAUUGUUUGGCAAACUGCUUUGGGAGACUGGCUAUGUCCAUGUCCACGGUAAGAGGUCACAGCAUGUGUUCACUGAUGACAUGGUCUACACAGCCAGAAACGCGCAAGUCGGAACAGAUCUGCAACAGAUCUGUUAAAUCCUGUUGUCAACAAGCCGAUAUCUGGAUGCGUUCGCUCGCCUUGUACCUGUCUGUUCUGACAG